UGUGAUCAGAGAUGGCGGGCGCCUCCGACCCCCUGGAAGAUAUGCUCUUUUCAGAGGUGGACGAGAAGGCUGUGAGCGACCUGGUGGGCUCGCUGGAGUCGCAGCUCACCGGCCAAACGAACACCGCGGCCAAGACGGACGAGAACGGAGGCGCUGGCUCCGAGACCCCCGCUAACCAUCUCUUAGGAAAACCGCUACCAGGUUCAGUGGGCACCACAACACUGGAACAACAACAACAAGGACGGCGUAAUAAACCCGAGAUGCGACCGGACAUCAACUCCAAAGACGCGGGUCCGGAUAAAAGUGUCACAGCCGCUCCUCCGGGCUGCUCCCCGUCGGUCCGCGAGUCCUCCACCACCAACUCGUCGGCUGCCAGUGUGAGCGCAGCGGGCAGCAGCGGCUCGCAAUCACAUGGAGCAUCCAUCACAACACUGACGGCUCCUGGCGUGUCAACUUUGGCGUCUCCGCCCGCCAGCAUCAGCACCACCCCCGCCACCAGCCGUGGCUCCAAGGGCUCCCCGGGCACCGGCGAGCCGUCCACUGAAGCCAGCCCGCCGAGAAAACGCUUCACCACGCUGCGGAGGAGCGCCGCGGCUCGGAUCAAGAGUUUCAACGGCGCCGCUGUGACGACGCGGAGGAACAGCAAUACGGCGGGUGGAGAGACCAUCAGCCCGGGGGAUCCAAGUCCACCGAACCCCUCCACUCGGCCGCUGACAGCCGCUAUCAACACUUCCACUUUCACGGUGUCUAACGCCAGCCUGCUCGAGGGUCAGUCCGCUAUAGCCCUGGACCGGGGGACGCCCACCAUCGCCCUGCACAGACUCCCCAGUCACAUCGUGGCCAGUAUCGCCCAGAACGGAAACGGGACCAGUGUCUCUGCCUUGGUCCAGCAGGGCAGCCGCAUCGGAGCCGUCUCCAGCGCAGCUGCACAGGAGAACCACAGCAAAACGACCACAGACACUGGGGCUUCCAAAGCAGACGAUUCUCAGUCCAAAAUUGUAAUGUCAAGCCAGCCUGUCAGUGUGAACUCUGUAACAAACUCCGUUCCCUCUGCACCGUCUGGUGUCACGCCAACAACAACAACAACAACAACCACCUCCACCACCACAGCAGCAGAUACAACAACCACAACAGUAACCCAGCUUCUGAGCUCUGCCACGGCUCCUGCUUGUGUCACAGGGGUGGCAACCAGUUCUGCAUGUGGCACUGGUCAGACUACACCAGUGACCACCCCCACCACUGUUUGCAUGGUUAGACCCACUGCCCCCUCGCCUGCACCUGCACCCGCUGUGGCCACCACUGCACAGUCUCAACCCCGUCCUGGACUCACAGCACCCCCGAGGAUUGUAGCCCCCCAGCUGAUUGUCAGACCACCUCAGCAGCAGACGACCAUUCAGCUGCCCCCCGGGUUUACCAUCCCACCGGGAAUGGUGCUGGUGCGCACGGAGCUGGGCCAGCUGGUCAUGGUUCCUCAGCAGGCUUUGGCUCAAGCUCAAGCUCAAGCUCAGGCCCAGGCCCAGAACAACAUCUCUCCCCGACCUGCGACCCCCACCACGGGAACAUCCUUCAGAGUCACGACUCCACAGUCUCCUGUGACCUCUCAGACCGCCAGGCAGUGUCCUGUGACCAUGACCAAGAUGGCACCAUCUCCCUCUCCCACUCCCUCCAGCCCUGCCUUACAGACCUCCUCCUCUUCCUCUUCUUCCUCCUCUUGUCCCGCGCUCCGCCCAAAGGGCCCCGUGGCACCACCCAUUGCUGUGACGGCUCCGCAGCAGACCCCCGUGGUUAUGGCCCCCCAGGCCCCGGCCCAGGCUGCCUCUCAGCCAGUGCAGCCUCCGCAGACGGGCAUCUCAGCGGCCCCCGGAGCUUCUGUCGUGGCCCAGGAAAUGCAAGAGAACGUAAAGAAGUGUAAGAAUUUCCUGGCCACACUAAUCAAACUGGCGUCUCACAACUCUCCGUCCCCUGCGACUUCCAAGAACGUCAAGUCUCUGGUUCAGGACCUGCUGGACGCUAAGAUUGAACCAGAAGAGUUCACCAGCCGGCUGCAGACAGAGCUCAAGUCGUCUCCGCAGCCAUACCUGGUGCCAUUUCUCAAGAAGAGCCUCCCGGCCUUGAGGCUGUCUUUGCUGAGUAGUCAGCAGACCCCGACUCAGCCCUUGCAGCAGGGAGUCAAACCAGCACCCUGCGGGGUCCCUCCCGCCAUUGUGAGUGGGCCAGCUGUCCGCAUACGCCACCCCAACAGCGUCAGCACCACCACGGGUGCCAGCACGCUGCCCGCCGGGACCCUCGGACAUGCAGCUGCCAUGGGAAUCAAGACAGCGGGCCCUGUCGGUGGCCAGGUGCGGAUGCCUGUGGUGAUCACACAGUCUGUCAGAGCACAAGGCACGAUGGGGAAGGGAGUCGUCAUCCAAGCGGGGAGAAGUCCCGUGGGCUUGGCCGUUCAGAUCUCUGGGAAUCAGAAAAACAAGCUCAACGACCCCGGAGGAGGCUCUUUCAGGGAUGAUGAUGACAUCAAUGACGUGGCGUCCAUGGCCGGGGUGAACCUCAACGAGGAGAGCGCUCGAAUACUCGCCACCAACUCAGAGCUAGUGGGAACUCACAUCCGCUCAUGUAAAGACGAGGCUUUUCUCCACCCGGGACUGCUGCACCGACGAAUACUGGAAACAGCUAAGAAGUUCGGAGUCACAGAGGUCCCCAUGGAGGCAGUGACCUUCAUCUCGCACGCCGCACAGUCGCGACUUCGCACAGUGGUAGAAAAGGUUUCAUCGAUCGCACAGCACCGAUUGGACUCUUGUAAGGAUGAGUGCUACGAGCAGGCUGCAGACGUUCGCUCUCAGCUCCGCUUCUUCGAGCAGCUGGAGAGAAUCGAGAAGCAGAGGAAGGACGAGCAGGAAAGAGAGAUCCUGUUGAAAGCCGCUAAAAGUCGCUCCAGGCAAGAGGACCCAGAGCAAGCUCGACUGAAACAGAAAGCUAAGGAGAUGCAACAACAGGAGCAGGCGCAGAUGAGGCAGCGAGAUGCCAACCUGACAGCACUAGCUGCCAUCGGACCCCGCAAAAAAAGGAAAGUGGAUUCACCUGGAGCCACGCCAUCAGGGGCCGAGGUUUCAGGCAGCACGGUGGGGUCCCCAGCCAGCUCCUCCGUCCCGUCCACCUCGUCACGUCAACGGCAACGCAUCACCCGCGUCAACCUCAGGGACAUCAUUUUCUACAUGGAGCAGGAGAGAGAGACCGCCCACUCCCUCCUCCUUUACCGUGCUCUGCUCAAGUAGCCUCUGCUCCGCUCAGCACCCACCUCAACCUCCUCCUCCUCCUUCCCAGCCACGUGCCUUCAGAUCAGGUCUAAUGUUACAGCUCUGUGUCUCCAUAUGUACUGUAGUGAUUUUUGAUGUAGCGUUUAAUAAGAAAGAAGAGAGAGAGACAAAAAAAACAUACAAAAAGAAAAGUCUUCUCUGUUUGGCCUCACGCUGUGUGGUUUGAUCAUUCAGUUUGAAGUCCCUGUUUAAAUUGUUUGUGUUGAAGGAUUCGUUAAAGGAUCAAUGUUUUUGUGUCGCAGGACUAGACGCAGAACAUAUUCCACGUGUGUUGGGUAUUUAUUUGACGUCACUGGCAGUAGCUUCAAUGAUCCACCUCAAAGGAAGGAUUAUUUUGAAGGAGAGAAGAGAAUUACAGUAUGUUAGCACCUCAAUAAAGGAUCCGUUAUCUAGAUGAGCUAUUUGUUGAACAUAUGUUGAAAUCAAUAAAUGAGCCUUUUCCAGGUUUCCCGCACGGAGACAUCAAACAUUAAGAUUCCAAAUAACAGCAUUGCGAUCUAGUUCUUUACAUGUAAAUAGUUCUUUUUCAAUUAUUUAACGGCGUGUAUAAUUUUAACACAUAGAAAAGGGAAUAACCCAUGUGGCAGUAAUAGAAAAAUCUGAUGUUUUGUAAAACCAAGUGCUUUGAUUGACUCACAUUUAGAAAUUUCACUCAGUUCCCUUGUUGUGUAUAGCAAAUACACAAAGACGCAGUGGUCAUUAAAUAUAGCCACAGUCUGCACUAUGACACCUGUUUGAGAAGGUGUGUUUUGGUUCUGAGAGGUUAAUAUUGCAGGUGUUGUUGUGAAACAUUUGUUUAUCUUUCCCUCUCGUUGUUCUUUCUGCACAUUUAUGCUGUUUGAAAAAAGACUUGAGUCAUUCUCAUGGGGAGAAUUCAGGCCAUAUUUGAAGAAAACAAAAUUUGUAGAUAUGGAAAAUAAUGUUGCAGUAUUACGAGAAUAAUGUUGUUAUCGAGAAUAAAGUCGUUAUAUAACAAGGGUGAAGAAAAAAGAGCCAACUUCCUCAAAGACCAUAUGGUUCUUUCUUUGGAGUAGUCCUGAUACCUAUGACAAUGUGGUGCUGAUGAGCCAAAAGAACUGUGCUAUUUUGUUAUUUGUGAAGCUAAUGUGUAACUUAACAAGAUGCUGUCCUCAUCUUAAAGCAGGUUACGGGUGGUUCUUCUGAUAUUUCCCCUGUAAAAUGUCUCGUAGCCUAAAAUAAUGACUUUAUUCUUGAAAUGUCACAACUUUAUUCUAAAAAUCUCAGAUUAUUUCCCCCAUUAAAUGGCCCUAAUGCUCUGUCGUACCUGGAGCCCUCUUUAGCGCCCUUACACUUUAAUAAUGACUGAUAUCGAAGCUACAAUAUGAAGAAUUGUAGUGCACAGCCCUUACACUAAUUUGUAUUUUGAUGCAAAGUUAAAUAUCACAGUUGUAUAGUUAAGUGUAACUGGAAAAAUGCCCUUGAAUGACUCCAGUCUAAAACUUAUUUAUAUAUUUCCCAUUUCUUUCUCUCUUUGUGUCACUGAUGGAAGAGAGGAGUAAUGCCGGCUUUUUACAUGUUGUCUUGCAUUGUCGCCCUGUUCAUUAUUUUUGUACAAUCCUUAUAGUGUUUUUUAUGUAAUAUUGUCUAGUUUGUUUCUGUUUGUUUCUAUUUAACAAAAAAUCUCGGCCUCUAUGCAGCUUUUCUUGUCAUAUUGAAAUUUAUUUAAAUAUGGUUGACAUUUGGAAGAAUUGUUGUGCAAUGUACAAUUUGACAGCACUUUUUUUAUACCUAUUUUAUCUGACAACCGAAAGCUGUCACUGUAUAAUAGCAAAGAAAUGACCGAUAAAGGAAAAACAAUAUUGCCAGUUUCUGUCAAAAGACAAUUAUUUUUAAACAAUUAAUAUAUUAAUAUUUCUUGGUUUUCUUUUUUUUUUUCUUCUUCUUUUUGGGAAUUGGCUUUUAUUCAUAACACGUUUUCAUAAAUUUGACCUCUAAUAUACCUUGUUUUAAAAGCAAGCACAACAAGGAUUGUUGAGAUUUGAAAUUAUUUUAAUAAUGGUUUCUAUGGUUUCUUGUGGUUUCACAGGAGGACAUUUCUACUACUACUACUACUACAGCUUUUUAGCCAAAAUAUUAGGACAAUAUUACUCAUGUAAUUAGACAGAGGAAAUAACAUUUCAUUGUAAGAAUGAUUUGUAAAUAUUGUUUACAAAACUGUGUUUAUUAGAACUACGUUAUUUUUGGUAAACUCUUGUACAUAUUUUGAGAAUUUCCUGUUUGUGUGAAAAAAACAUUACUUAUGUAUUUGUACCUAUUUUGUAAAGGAAUAAAUAAGCUGUUUACUAAACUGAGCAGAUUUUGACGUUGUGCAUAUCUUCUUCAGCUAAAGUCAAGUAGCAGGGAAUCUUUGUAAGAAAUUAAAAAGAUGUGAUCUCCAGUCUAA